AAGAGCCACCAAACGUGCCGCCGUAAACGCAGCUGCUCCCGUCCUCCCGUCGGUCUGUGCCGUCUGUGCUGUGCCUGUGCCACUCCUUGUCGCGUGCGGCGAGCAUGCAAGCCGUCGUUGUCUCCGUUGUUGGAAAACAUGAAAAACAGGAAAUCCUUGACGACAGGCAGUAGCUACACAAACGACGUCCAUGUUUUUUUCUGUGUGUGUUUCUUGUCCCGGUCGUUGCCUGUACGUGUCUGAAAGCGAUGAUUUCGUAGCGGGAAUCUCCUGUUUCAAACUACACAAUGCCCAAGACGUCGUAGGGAAAUGAAGUAGCGCCGAGUCUUGGAUCGUUUCCAGAUGAAGUAGACUUGCCUGAGGAUGGGGAUACUUAGAAGAUCCCACAGUGCGCUUCUUGUGAAAGGGUUGUUCGCUGCAUUGGCAAUUAGUUGCCUCGUCGGCCUGUACUAUGGCUACAGACUGAUGGUUUCCAAUGAAGCUUCCCGUUAUUUUGGGCGCACAGUCGAAGAAAGGCUCCAGGCAAUUGCAGACGACAUCGCGCCAAUUCACGUGGUGGUUGUCACAUCCAACGUUCGACUUGGUGGGGCCAUUGCAGUGAUGAUGAGCGUGACGCGCCACACCAGACGGCCGGUACGCUUCCACCUUGUUACCGACAAUGCUACCAAGUAUCACGCAUACGCUUGGAUGCAUCACCCGCACCUUUCGGGUAUCAACUACGAGGUGCUCACGUUUCCAAAUGAAGCAAUUGAUCAAACCCUGUUUCGGACAGUGGAUGACAGCAGUGCCUCAAAGCUGACCUUUGCAAAGCUAUACAUGACACAUCUCCUGCCUUCCGUCUCUGGGAUCGUAGUGCAGAUCGAUGAUGACGUCAUUGUUCAAGGUGACAUUGGUGAGCUUGCUGGUCUUCCGAUAUCCCAAGAUCAUGUGGGUCUUUUCUCACAGGACUGCGAUGCAGUCUCAAGAAGGUACAACAGUGCUGGUAGCAAGUACAGCCACUACUUGAAUCUUGACACAGCUUCGUUGGCUGGAUUGCACAUCAAUCCUGGUGCUUGUGUGCUGAACAUAGGGGUAUUUGUUAUAAACAUGGAAGAGUGGAAGAGGCAAAAUAUCACGGCUGUGGUUGAGCAUUGGAUGAGGGUUGACCAGAGGGAGAAGAUAUUCAAGCAAGAGGGACCACUGUGUCCACUGCUGUUGGCUCUCUACAACAAAACCACCACUUUAGACCCACAGUGGCAUGUUCGUAAUCUAGGUGUGACCACUGGCAGCUUGUACUCAAGGACAUACAUAGAGAAGGCCAAACUACUGCAGUGGAGCGGACACUUCAAGCCUUGGGGUACGCGUGCGUCGUUUGCUGAUAUCUGGUACAGUUACUUUGUGGCCGAUCCAACCGGCCGCUUUCGCCCAUCGGGAAAAUAUAGCCGUAUCAGCACAACACCAUCCGGUAGCCAGCCAAAGGUCGGUUAUACACGGUAAUUACGUACCGUCUCUGAUAGGAGUGAGUCAUAUUGGGAGUGUUGCAUGUAAUGCCUUUCCUGUUUGACCAUGCAGUGCUGUAGUGAGAGAAUGUGUGAGCCAGUUAACCAUAAUGUAAUGUGGUUAAAUGCUUACAGUCAUGUAUGUGCUACGUGUGAUAGCACACAAAGUACAGGUGGAGACACUUCCUUAAGAGCUGUUGUGCCUUGAAGGUACUCUCCUGGUACACAGCACGGCUAAUUCACGAGGUGUGCAGAGAUCUGAAUGACAUCGUACGAUUUGCAGUUUGCGAAACCGUACCGUUCUCUAUGCGUUAUGUAAGGAAUCCGUAAGUAUAUUGCACAGGUGUAGUUAAAUGUAGUACUGUUUUUCACCUAUGACCAAUCCAGUGUGAUGUUUGACAGCAACUGUUGAUUUUGUCACGUUACUAGAGUUGCUGCCGCACUGAAAUAUAGUACAGAGUUUUGGGAAAAACACAUGGGAGAGAGAAACUAAAUGCUUUUUCAAGUACUAUUGUGAUAUGAAGCAUUCAGUGUAAUAGUAUCUAGAACAUUUUCUUUUAUGUUAGUAUGUGUUCUUAAGGUUGUUUCUAUUGGAUACCUCAGAAGAAGUGAUCAAAGCUGUUUUAUGUAUGACCGAAAGCCUUUUACGACUGUGUCGGCCAAUAUUAAUUUGACGUUAGGAGCAAAGCAAACCGGUGCAGAAUAUUUCUAUUGCUUUGCACUUUUUAAUUUGAUACUUUGUUCUAGCAUAUUCUGCCGGUAUGUACAAAGAAUGCUCAGCGACGUCACACAUGCAUUAGCAAACGGGCUUUACUUGAAGGUUGUGUAUUUACGACGUGCAUUUCUAGCUGUGUAGUAUUUUUUGUAGUGUGUGCGGUCUAUUUUACCCUGCUGCAUCGAGAACCAUAGUGAGGCGUGUGUAACAUACACACGAUAAUGUUUAUGUGAAUGGUACUGUUCGAAUGUGCAAGGGGGCUUCGAAGCUGCCUCUGCCAUGUUUGGGAUUGCUGCGUCUGUCUAGAGUGCAGUGGGUGCAGUUCUGAUCUCAGCUAACAAGCAGUAGAAAAAAUGUGUUUGCAUGAGGAACCACACAUCUCAGACAAGUAGUUGAAGUGGCAUAAUAUGAGGGGAUGAAAUCUGUUCAUUUGUUCGCGUGACUACUGACAUUUGGUGGCAUCCUUGUAGUCCGGGGCGGUGCCACGCCUGAAUUCAGGGGGACCCCAGAUCCCAACCGGCACCCCUUCCAUCCCCCCCCCCCCCCCACACACACACACACCAAUUCACGUCCAGGUUCCAAAAAUUCAGGAUUCGAUUCAAGACUUUACAAGACUUAUAUUAACAGAGAAUGACUGUCCUAAGGACACUCCUUGGCCCAUCCCCGGCUGAAUGCCGCCACCACACCUCGACAAACAUUCGUCUCUCAUCCGCUCGCCGACCACUUGACGACAACCUCAAUUUUGUUGCGUUGCAUCCUUUAAAGCCUCGAACUAUGGGGUUCCCAAAACUGUGCCCAGGGCAUGUCCCAUCUUCCCUUUGCCUUCCCUUUGUGGCUUGCUUGGAACACCUUCCAGAUUUAGAACCGUAAUCUUUUUUUACAAUGCUAGAGAAACCUGGGUUUCCACGUUAAAAUUCAGUGGUUUGCCAUGAGAUGCACAUAUAAAAACAAUAUGUGCGGUAAAAAAGGUGCGAUUACUGCAUACAUGACUAUGUUUCGUACUGUGACAAUGGCUGUCCUGUUUUGAUGUAAAAUUUACAUCCAUGGAUGUGGGUAUGCUUACAGAAUUUCGUGUAAUGUUUCGGCAUUACGGUUUGGAGCGGCGCUAAAUUAAUUAAACCAUCGUUAAUUACAUUGAAUAAUUUAAUGUUAAUUGAUUCACGUUAAUUUUAGUCAUGUAAUGUUAUUUAAUUCAUUAGAUCAAUUAAAUCUAAUGAAAUUAAUUACAUUCAAUUGAAAGUCUCCAAAGCAAAUUCUAUGCCCAGAAAGCUCGCAUACCUCUCCGACUGAAAGGGCCCACCUAGAUUUUUUAAUUACUACUCUGGUGUGACGCCGCUCACUGUGGCGUGCUGCAAUAACAGCCAUUGCUCGAUGUAAACAACAGAUGUGGCUCGAUAAGAGAAAUAUUUGAUUACGAUACCUCCAUAAACCCUUGACGGUAAUGCGGCAUCUUGAGAAACGCUCGUAGUUGUCUGUGAACUUAAUAUUUGCCAGCGAUAUUCUUUUGCACUACAUGGAGGGUGCAUUAUGUGUUUCACAGGUCAUCCUAACGGUCUGUGUGUCGGUGGAAGUAUAGAUCUGAUAGCGACCAUGCACUUGUUUCCCCUGCGAAGAAAAUGUCCUACUGUGUAACUUAUUGGUUGUAAAGCUUUUAUGCUACGUACACAUAUUUAUUUAGUUCACGUCAUCGUAUCUCCUCGCUCAUUUAUUGCGGCGUAUUAUUGGCUAUUUAUUUUUCAUCUUCUCUUUCCCAAGUAGCGAUGAGUCUACAAGUGUAUAAUCUACAAUGAGUGUAGACGUUAAGCUAUCACGCACCCUGCACUGUUCUCCACUGCUCAUAUCUAGGGCCCUGCGUUUUCAAGUUUUGUGUUUUUUUUAAAGUCGAGUCGGUAAAAAUAAAAGUCGGUAAAAAUCCAGUUUUAUUUCAAUAGCCGUAAAACGGUAAAAUCGGGCGAUAUUGGGUGGCAAAGCAGAUUUUCGGGUGGAAAACUUUAAAAAAAAAAAGUGUUUAUCGCAUUUUAGAUGAACAUGAGAUGUGGAGCAGUUGUGCCGAGUGUGCAAUGCAUAGCAUUCUCCAGUGCCCGUAUUGGUGGCUGAAUUGGCACUUUGCCAAGUUCAUUUUCGUUUUUUUUUUUUUUUACUCUAAGUGCUGAUGAUGCAAAUCGGGGUAAACACUGUUUUUUCCGGGUUUUACCCUAAAACACAGGGCCCUACUCAUAUCCCAUUGAUGUUCCCUGCAGGCCAUUAUACUUUUGUGCUUCUAGAAAUGUGCAAAAGUGGUUUUAUAAAGACAAGCUUAAUUGAUGGAAAGUGCAAAUGUUAUUGUUACUUUAGGUAUUGAAUUCUAGAUUCAAACACUUGUGGUAAUGGUUCACAAAUGUUCAUGUGGAAUGUUACAGAACAUGCUUUGCCAACCGUGGUUGUCAUAUUUUCAGUAUUGGAUCCACAUUAAAAUUAUAAGUUACA